CACUUCCUACAGUGAUUUCGUCAGUUCCGGUAAGAAGCCGGUGGCGUGGUCCCCUUGUGCACUGUAACUUUUCUUCAGUAUUUCACUGCUCGCUGACAGCUUUAGGACGGAAAUAGUUACAAUGACGGAACGGAAAGGAACAGCAAAAUUAGACUUCCUAAAGAAAAUUGAAAAUGAAAUUCAACAGAAAUGGGCUGCUGAAAAUAUGUUUGAAAUUGAUGCUGUUUCACCAGAUAAAUUGGAGCCUGGUCAAGAGAAGUACUUUGUAACAUUUCCAUAUCCUUACAUGAAUGGCCGCCUUCACCUUGGGCAUACUUUUUCUUUGUCUAAAUGUGAGUUUGCAGUUGGCUACCAGCAGUUAAAAGGGAAGAGGUGCUUGUUUCCUUUUGGACUUCACUGUACUGGAAUGCCAAUUAAGGCCUGUGCAGAUAAGCUGAAGAGAGAGAUGGAAGACUUUGGCUACCCACCACGGUUUCCUGAAGAUGAGGAGGAAGAUGAUGAACUGAGCUUAAAAAAAGAGGAAGAACUGGUAAUAAAGGAUAAAGCAAAAGGCAAAAAGAGUAAAGCUGCUGCAAAGUCUGGAGGUGCUAAUUAUCAGUGGGAAAUCAUGAAGUCCUUGGGCCUAUUAGAUGAAGAAAUUGUAAAAUUUGCUGAUGCGGAAUACUGGCUGGAUUACUUCCCACCACUUGCUAUUGAGGAUCUAAAGAGAAUGGGACUAAAGGUGGACUGGCGUAGAUCCUUCAUCACUACUGAUGUCAAUCCAUUUUAUGACUCUUUUGUGCGCUGGCAGUAUGUAAUUUUAAAAGAAAGGAACAAAGUCAAGUUUGGAAAAAGAUAUACAAUCUACUGCCCUAAGGAUGGACAGCCUUGUAUGGAUCAUGACAGGCAGACUGGAGAGGGUGUUGGACCACAGGAGUACACUUUGGUCAAGAUGAAGAUUGUGGAGCCAUAUCCUGCAAAGCUGAGUGAACUAAAGGGAAGAAAUAUUUACCUGGUGGCUGCAACGCUCAGACCAGAGACCAUGUUUGGUCAGACAAAUUGCUGGAUCCGUCCUGACAUGAAGUACAUUGCAUUUGAGACCAUUAACAGGGACAUUUUUGUGUGUACACGGAGAGCUGCCAGGAACAUGUCAUAUCAGGGAUUCACCAGAGAGAAUGGGGUUAUACCUGUGAUCAUGGAACUAAUAGGACAGGAUAUUCUUGGAGCUGGACUGAAUGCACCGUUGACAUCUUAUAAGAUCAUUUACGCUCUUCCAAUGCUCACAAUUAAAGAAGAUAAAGGUACUGGAGUGGUAACAAGUGUGCCUUCUGAUGCUCCUGAUGAUAUUGCAGCCUUGCGUGACUUGAAGAAGAAAGUGGCAUUAAGAGAGAAGUAUGGCAUUAAGGAUGAAAUGGUCUUGCCCUUUGAUCCGGUGCCAAUAAUAGAAAUACCUGGCUAUGGAAAACUCUCUGCUCCAAUGGUAUGUGAUGAAUUGAAAAUUCAAAGUCAGAAUGACAAAGAGAAGCUUGCAGAAGCAAAAGAAAAAGUGUACCUGAAAGGCUUUUAUGAAGGCAUCAUGUUGGUUGAAGGAUUUAAAGGACAGAAAGUACAGGAUGUUAAGAAGAUCAUUCAGAAAAGAAUGGUUGACAGUGGUGAAGCUGUUAUCUACAUGGAACCAGAAAAGCAGGUCCUGUCCAGAUCAGCAGAUGAGUGUGUAGUAGCUCUUUGUGAUCAAUGGUACUUGGACUAUGGAGAGAAGAGCUGGAAGAAACAAGCUGUUGACUGCCUGAAGAAUUUGGAAACGUUCUGUGAAGAAACCAGAAGAAACUUUGAAGCUUCUUUAGCAUGGCUUCAAGAACAUGCCUGUUCCAGGACAUAUGGUUUGGGUACUCGUUUACCCUGGGACAAUUACUGGCUGAUAGAAUCCUUAUCAGACUCUACCAUCUACAUGGCCUAUUACACAGUUGCACAUCUUUUGCAGGGGGGAACUGUCAGUGGGCAAGGACCAAAUCAGCUUAAUAUUCGACCUGAGGAGAUGACUAAGGAAGUGUGGGAUUAUAUAUUCUUUAAGAAUGCUCCGUUCCCUAACACAAAGAUACGUAAAGGAAACCUAGACAAAUUGAAGCAAGAGUUUGAAUACUGGUACCCUGUGGAUCUGAGAGUUUCUGGGAAGGACCUCGUUCCAAAUCAUCUGUCGUACUACCUCUACAACCACAUAGCUAUGUGGCCUGAGGACAGUGGCAAAUGGCCUAAGGCUGUGAGGGCGAAUGGACAUCUCCUGCUGAAUUCUGAAAAGAUGUCCAAAUCAACUGGAAACUUUCUGACGCUUUCUCAAGCAAUUGAUAAAUUUUCUGCUGAUGGGAUGCGUCUUGCUUUGGCCGAUGCUGGGGACACUGUUGAAGAUGCCAACUUUGUGGAAACAAUGGCUGAUGCUGGCAUUCUACGUCUAUAUACCUGGAUAGAAUGGGUGAAGGAAAUGAUUGCUAACCAGGCUAGUCUAAGGAGUGGGCCAGCAGACACCUUUAGGGACCGUGUUUUUGCCAGUGAACUCAGUUGUGGAAUAAUCAAGACAGACCAGCAUUAUGAAAAGAUGAUGUUCAAGGAAGCUCUGAAGUCUGGAUUUUUUGAAUUCCAGGCAGCUAAGGAUAAGUACCGCGAGUUGGCCAUCGAGGGAAUGCACAGAGAUUUGGUGUUUCGGUUUAUUGAAGUUCAGACCUUGUUACUGGCUCCCAUCUGCCCUCACAUAUGCGAACACAUCUGGAGUUUGCUAAAAAAGCCUGAUUCCAUUAUGAAGGCUUCAUGGCCAGUAGCCAGUCCAUUUGAUGAGAUCCUUAUCCGUUCUUCCCAAUAUCUAAUGGAAACAGCACAUGAGCUGCGACUGCGGCUAAAGAACUAUAUGGCCCCACCCAAGGGAAAGAAAAAUGACAUUAAAGCUCCAGAAAGACCGUCUCACUGUACAAUAUAUGUUGCUAAGAACUACCCACCAUGGCAGCAUACUACUCUGACAGUUCUUCGCAAACACUACCAGGCAAAUGAUGGGAAGCUUCCAGACAACAAAGUGAUUGCCACUGAGCUGAGCAGUCUGCCAGAGCUGAAGAAAUACAUGAAGAGAGUUAUGCCUUUUGUUGCCAUGAUAAAGGAAAACUUGGAGAAGAAAGGUCCAUCUGUCCUUGACCUGGAGCUCGAGUUUGAUGAGCAGGCAGUGUUGCUAGAGAAUAUUGUUUACCUGACAAAUUCACUUGAGUUGGAACAGAUCGAUGUGGUUUCUGCAUCAGAUGCAGCUGACAAGAUUAAAGAAGAAUGUUGUCCAGGAAAGCCCUUCAUUGUCUUUAGAACAGAACCUGGUGUCUCGGUAUUCCUAGUGAAUCCUCAGCCAGCAAAUGGACAUUUUUCUUGCAGAAUGGAGAUCAGACAAGGAGACAGCAGGCACACUGUAAUCCGGCGUCUUAUGAAGACAGAUCGAGCAAUUAAAGAUUCAUCCAGAGUAAAACUGAUGCGGUUUGAUGACCCAGUUCUAGGACCACGCCGUGUCCCUGUCCUUGGAAAACAAGAUGUAGGGAAGACUGUCAUUUCAGAGAUGGCCACUUUUCAAAUAGACCUCGACUCAAAAAAGAUUUGCAUCUCAGAAAAUGAACUGAAAUCUGACAUUGGCGACACUAUUGCUUAUUUGGUUCAUUAAUCAGUGAGACAGAGCAGCUUUGGUUGUUUAUCAUGUUGACAUGACCAAAAUAUGCACAGAGUAAAUAACUACAGUUCAGUGCUACGUAAUGUCCCAUACGUUUUCCUAAUGUAAGUGUUUUAUGGUACCUUAAGCAGUCAGCUGGCCGAUUGUCAUUCAUUUUUAAACUCAGGGUGUUAACAAAAGUGACAGAAUCAUCAAUUGGGAAACACCAUUUUCAUUUAAUGUCUGCUGAAGUUAGAAAAAGUUUCUGAUGGUUUUAGGAUGGAAUCUAGGUGUACAGUUAGACAGUUUCACUGAAUGCUAUUUUGAUUUAAAAAGUAUAUUUGGUGAAAUGUUUAAACUUAGUGAUUUUGUAGGCUGGAAAGGACAGAGGCCCACACCACCACAAAAAGGGGCUUGCACCCCUUCUUACCCUUCCUAAUUAGAGUUAGUGUGCCUUAGGGGUAAGGAGAAAAGCUGCCUUGCAAUGACCACAACGGAGGAAACUUUUUUUGGUAAAUGUCUGAAAAACUACAUUUCGCCCUAAUGUUGUUUGGCUGUAUGUCUGCACUUCCAUUAAGCUGAAAAUUCUUUUUGAUCAUGAGUCUUGAUCUUGCAGUAUGUCAUUCAAUAUUCUUGUAAUUCAGAUCCACAGUGCUUCUUUUCUUUGUUAGUUAUUUCAUAAUUUGAAACUGCUCAUCUGUUACUAGCAUUGCUUAUCUAUUCUGUCAUGGUUUAUAUCUCAGGCCAUCGUAUUUUCAGUCCUUUCCUUAUGUGGCUGUUACUUUGAUUAAAAUUUCCUUUGAGAUCGAAACAGGAGUUCCGUAACAUUAAUGGCUGAAGUUACAGAAUCAUUGCUUGAGAUUUCUUUCUUUCUUGAGCUUUUGUUUGGGCCAAGGCAGUCAAGGAUUUGUCUGCUGGAUGGCCCUGGCAAAGUUGAUUCUUUUCUGGUAAAUAUAUAAAGAAGUAAUUUCUCUUAAACUCCAUAUUUCAGAAAGUCUGCAUUUAUUGUGCAUUUUGCAGCUGUUUUUAUAGAGUUGAUAACAAUGCCAUAAUGGAAGUUUAUGCAGUCAUUAUACAACAUAUCAUUCCUAUUAAGUGUUCUGCUGUGUAUUUUAAGGCAGCUUGCUGACCCUGAUGCGCUUCAGAACGGUCGUUUGAAGGUUUCAGUUGCUUGAAGUAUUGUUUACAUGGCUGUCUAAAAUGUGAUUUACUCUUGAAAGCCCUAUUUCUGUAUUGCACAGAUAUUAAUUGAAAAGUGGUUUGAUACUUCUUGGGUACUCUUACAUAUUUUUGUCAUGUCAUUCACCAGGAUACAUUAAAGUAAAUAUUAUUUAACCAUU